UGGUAGUAUUAUUGUCCACAUGUCUUCAGUCUUGUCAUGGAAAGAGUCACUUUUAAGCAAAAAGCUGAGUAUUUCUACCUAAAAGUAUUAUUAGAGUUUGAAAGAUGUGAUGGUGUGAACGUACCUGAAAUAGAUAUGUUGCUGUAUAAAAGACUUCUGAUUCAAGCCCUAGAGGAAUUACAUGGACAGGUUGGCGCUGCAUUAACAGUUGAUGUGCUGAAAUACAAUUCUUCAACAUUGCAAGCUAUCUUAAGAGUUCCUGAAAGUGGUCUUGUCAAAGUAUGGAGUGCUCUGACUUUAUUUGGUUUUUAUCAAGAUCAAAGAUGUGCUUUUAGAGUUCUUCAGGUUUCACCACACUUAAUGGCAUUUGCCGUAGACAGCAGACAAUGGCAUCCAGAAAAUGAAAUGAUCAAAACUUAACAAAAUGUAUUUAUAAAAGAAUAGGUAGAAGUAUAAAAUAUGUAUCUUGUAAAUAGAGUUGAUAUACUACUGUAUAAUAAAAGAAACAACAAAAAGUUUAAGCA